AUGUAUACCCUUGUGCAUGGAUUCUACAAGUACAUGGUGCAGAAGGAUGAAUACUGCGUGCUCAUCCUCGGUCUGGACAAUGCUGGAAAAACGACUUACCUCGAAGCUGCAAAAACGAAGCUCACCAAAAACUACAAGGGCAUGCAUCCGAGCAAGAUAACAACAACUGUUGGCUUGAACAUUGGGAAAAUCGAUGUGUCCGGGAUCAGACUGAACUUCUGGGAUCUGGGUGGUCAGACUGAGCUCCAAUCACUGUGGGAUAAAUAUUAUGCAGAGUCUCAUGGUAUCAUUUACAUAGUGGAUUCCAAUGAUAGGGAUAGGAUUGAUGAUUCUAAAGAGACUUUUGAUAAAAUGAUAGGUAAUGAAAAUUUGCAGGGAAUUCCACUGUUGGUUUUAGCAAAUAAACAAGACAUUCCUGAGUGCAUGGGUGUUAGGGAAGUGAAACCAAUAUUCAAUAAGAAUACACAUCUCAUUGGAAAAAGGGAUUGCAUGGUCAUGGCUGUCUCUGCUCUUACUGGGGAAGGAGUGGACGAAGGCAUCCGAUGGCUCGUCGACUGCAUAAAACGCAACGUGUACAUUCGACCUCCGAGGAACAACGAGAACUGACGAACGUAACCCACAUAA